AAUGUUGAUGAAACCAUCCGAAAUGGCGGAGAAGCAAGUGAAAUUACAGGACUUGCUGGCGAAUUGGAAUACGGACCCGAGACGGAAAGGCCAGCCCCGACCCAAGCACUUUGCCGUGAAGAAAAUUCCCAAGUGGCGCUUCGAAAACGGUCCGGAGCUCGAGGCCCUGCUGCGAGAGUGCAGGAUUCUGUCCAGCUUUAACCCGCACCCACGAAUAGUUGAAUUGUACAACAUCGUUAUCGAAGGAAAAUGAAACUGUGAUAGUGUAACAGUCUUGCGUUGACAGCAUGUAGUUGACAAAUGUGCUGCUCUGCAUGGCGGAGAAAACCUGUCAUGCACCAUGGCUACCACUUGAAAACCCACAAGAAAAGACGACUUGGUGGGUCGUGUCUGGCAUGACCGGUGUGACUGUUUGGCAUUUUCUGCAUCACAGACUUACGCUCACGCCGUUUUUCUCUUGCAUGACCGUGGCGUCGGACACCUUCAUCUACAUCAUACUCGAAUAUGCCGG